AUGAGCCUCUCUUUGCUCGGACCCGUGGUCCCUCCUCUACUUAACCUGGGGUCAGUGGGAAUUAUGCACCCCGUUCUUGCUAACCUUUCCGAUACCUUGAACACGGCAUUUCGGGAUCAUGGUGGUUUUGCCAGUUCGAUGAGCGGUGAAGAUUUAGUAUCUAUCACGGUCUUGUCUACUGAUGCCGACUCGGUGUAUCGAAUUGGUAGUAUUUCGAAGCUCUUUACUGCCUACAUGCUUUUGGUCAACUACGGGUGGGAAUAUUGGGAUAAGCUAGUCAUAGAUUUUAUACCUGAAUUACGUGGGCAUUCUAAGAGUAUGAAUGAUGUAAUUGACUCUGUGGACUGGGAUGAAGUAACUAUUGGCUCCUUGGCAUCUUAUCUUUCUGGUAUUGGGAGAGACUUUAGUAAUGGUGACUUGGCGAGCCAAGACUUCCCCAGGGAAGAGGCUAGUCUGCCAAAGCUUCCGUUAAAGGAUAUUCCUGAUUGUGCGGGAAACUCUACUCUGCCGCCCUACAACCGAAAAGUGCGUGGUUUUAAGAUACCGGCGACGAAGCACCGAUUAUAUUCCUCCUCACUGGAUUUGGCUCGUUUUGGCCAAGCAGUCCUGCAGAACCGGCAACUAUCUCCGGCCAUUACCAGGCGCUGGAUGAAGCCUACUUCUCACACCGCGUCACUGAGCUUGUCCGUCGGAAGUCCCUGGGAGAUCCACCGAAUGAGGAGCAACAUAACCAACGGACGUGUCAUUAACUUGUAUACAAAGUCUAGCUCGCUGGGCAGGUAUAAUUCGUUGCUGGUGCUUAUUCCGGAUUUCCAAAUCACCUUUUCUAUCUUGACGGCUGGCAUCACCAGCAGCCCCGCCAUAAAGGUAGCCACAGAAUUGGUAACAUCGUCCCUCCUGCCUGCUCUCGAGAAAAUUAGCGGCAUCCAAGCCUAUGAGAACCUCUGCGGGACAUACGCGUCAACCACAAAGCUAGAAAACUCCUCUAUUAGUAUCACGGCCGACGAGAAAGGGCUUCUAGUUAAAAGCUGGGUCAGUCGAGGCGUCGACAUUCAAUAA